AUGUGUCAUGUCAAGACCAUAGACUUCAAACAUUUCCUCUCUAUCGUCAUCUCCAUGUUGGCCCUGCUGUGCUCCGGCCACGCUUUACCGAGGACGGACGCUCCCAUCCUUCCCAACGUCCCCUUCCUGUUGAUGUGGAAUGCCCCAUCUGAGCUGUGUCAGAUCCGCUUUGGCGUGGAACUCGAUCUCUCCUACUUCCACUUAGUCAGCAGCACGCUGAAGUCUGCAACCGGACAGAGCAUCUCCAUAUUCUACACCGACCGCUUCGGUAUCUUCCCCUACGUGGACGAAGACACCGGUGAGAUGUACGACGAGGGUCUGCCGCAGCUGAUAGACCUGCAGGAGCAUCACGCGCUGGCAGCUGACGACAUUAAGUACUACAUCCCAACCGACCAGCUGGGGCUCGCCGUGCUCGACUUUGAGGAGUGGAGGCCGCAGUGGGUCCGAAACUGGGGCAGCAAAGACAUCUACCGACAGUUUUCCAUCGAAACGGUUAAGGUGAACAACGCAUCGCUGUCUGAUGAGGAGGCGGAGGACAGGGCAAAACUUGUGUUCGAACGCGCAGCCAAGAAGUACUUUCUCCGAUCCCUCCGCCUCGGGAAGAAGCUGCGGCCCAACCGACUGUGGGGUUACUACCUCUACCCCGACUGCUACAACUACGACUACAACCAGGACAUGGGCGGCUACAUCGGAGAGUGUCCCACCAUCGAGAAGGACCGGAACGACAAGCUGCUGUGGCUCUGGAAAGAGUCCACGGCGCUCUAUCCGUCCAUCUACCUGGAGUUGGCACUCAAAAACUCCAAGCAGGCCCGACUGUUCGUCCGCCAUCGAAUCCGAGAGGCCAUGAGGGUGUCGACGCUCCCCAACAACUCCUACUCCAUCCCCGUCUACGCCUACAUCCGCCCUGUGUACAAGGACAGCAUCGACAACUACUUGACAUGGGAUGAUCUGAUCAGCACGAUCGGAGAAGCUGCUGCUCUCGGCGCCGCUGGCAUCAUUUCUUGGGGGGACAUGAACAUCACCGACACAGAGGACUCCUGCGUCGACGCUGUUGAGCACCUGGGCAGGUACAUGAACAGUUACAUCUUGAAUGUCUCCAAGUCGGCAGAGCUGUGCAGCGAGGCGCUCUGCCAGGGCCGAGGUCGCUGCGUGAGGAAGCGCUGGGACCAAGAUGUCUACCUUCAUCUCGACAGUCGCCGUUACCAAAUCUUUGCACCAUGCUUCAGAGGCGGGUUGCUUGUGAGAGGCAGCCUCUCGAGGGAAGACGUAGACUUUUUUGACCACAACUUCGACUGCAUGUGUUACAGCGAGGAGCCGUGCCGAUCGGCCCUGACGAUCAACACCAUCCAUGAAGCCGCCAUCAGCACGAAGAGUCUCUCUGCUGGGUGCCGCGCCGUGAGCGGGUCCCACCCCCUCCUGCUGGGGAUGAUAAUACUCUGUCUGAAGUAUGUCGUGAUGUAA